CACAGUCCCUCGUAGCGAACAAGCGUUGCAUCCCCGGAACCCUAAACCCCAACCCCCCGAGCCACCAGUGCGCGAAGCAAGACGAGAUACAUGGGGCGGCGGUACUCAGCGAAGGGAAAGAAGAAGAGGAAGCUCGAAGACGGCGCGACGUCCCGUGACGACGACGCAGCGGAGUUACCCCCACCGGAGGACGACGAAGGGAAGGGAGAGGAGGAUGCAACGGAGCGGGACGAGACCGUGGAGGUAGCGGAGGGGAUUCCCGUCCUGCCCCGGCCGGUAGAUGGGAGGAAGCGGCCCCGGGCGAUCUUCGUGCUCGAGAGGGCCUGCCUGGAGGUCGGCAAAGUCGGCAAGACUAUGCAAAUAUUGAACUCGGACGAUCAUGCGAAUUAUUUGAGGAAGCACAAUCGGAAUCCUGCUGAUUAUAGGCCUGAUAUCAUUUACCAGGCUCUAUUGGCAAUAUUUGAUAGCCCUCUAACUAAGGCUGGGAGGUUACAAGCUGUUUAUGUAAGGACUGAAAAGGGGGUGUUGUUUGAGGUCAAGCCGAACGUUCGCUUGCCACGCACAUGCAAACGUUUUUGUGGCUUGAUGUCAGAGUUAUUGCAAAAGUUGAGCAUUACUGCAGUUGGGAGGCGUGAGAAGCUCCUUAAUGUUAUUAAAAAUCCUGUUAGCCAGUAUCUACCUGUUGGCUCAAGGAAGAUUGGCCUUUCAUAUAGUGCGGAUAAGUCAGUUAAUCUGAAUGACUAUGUUGCCGAAUCCAGUGAUGAUGAAGCCCUUGUGUUUGUGGUUGGUGCCAUGGCUCAUGGAAAGAUUGACAAUGAAUACACAGAUGAGUACAUACGGAGUUGGUGCCAUGGCUCAUGGAAAGAUCGACGGUGCAUAUACAGAUGAUUACAUACAGAUUUCCAGCUACCCGCUCAGUGCUGCCUGGUGUUUAGGUAAAAUAUGCACCGCUCUGGAGCAGAAGUGGGACAUCCAGUGAGGAAAUUUUAGAAACAAGCAGUACAAAUUUAUGAGCAGAAGUGGAACAUCCAGUGAGGAAAUGUGCACCACUCUGGUUAGUUGAUAGUGUAGGUGAGCAGCGAUAAAAGUAUUAACAUGGAUUCUUGCCUGCUGGUGAUUCUUUUUGUGGAGGGACUUGAAGCUC